GCUGACUGCAUUCUUCCCUUAGCGGGUGGCAAAAGAGGAGUGUCGGAGAGAGGGACAUACACAGAGGGAGAGAAAGAGUCCGAGAAGAAGUCGAAACUUCACUGCAGACGCUCCAGCACAGACUCCUCCAUGCCCGAGCCGGGAGCUGCUCCGCGGCGGAGCCCGCAGGGAGUCCCCUACAGCGACCUGCAGCACCUCGUCAACGCCGACGGACUGCACCUGUUCUGCCGCUACUGGGAGCCCGCCGGCCCGCCAAGGGCUCUGGUGUAUAUUGCCCAUGGAGCUGGGGAGCAUUGUGGGCCGUAUGAUGAGAUCGCACAAAGACUGAAGGAACUGUCCAUGCUGGCGUUUGCGCACGACCACGUUGGCCAUGGUCAGAGUGAAGGAGAGAGGAUGAAUGUCAAAGACUUCCAGGUAUACAUCAGAGACUCGCUGCAGCACGUUGACCUGAUGAAAUCCCGCCACCCGGGCCUGCCCGUCUUCAUCGUCGGUCACUCCAUGGGUGGUGCCAUCUCCAUCCUGACGGCCUGUGAGAGGCCCAGUGAAUUCUCUGGAGUGGUUCUGAUCGCUCCGAUGGUCCAGAUGAACCCGGACUCGGCCACACCGUUCAAGGUUUUUAUGGCAAAGGUCCUCAACCACAUGGUGCCCAGCCUCACUCUGGGCACCAUCGACUCCAAAUGGGUGUCACGCGACAUGAAGCAGGUGGAGGCGUAUGACGCCGAUGAGCUGAACUUCCACGGGGGCAUGCGGGUGUCGUUCGCCAUGCAGCUGAUGGGGGCGGCGGCGCGCAUCGAGAGGGAGAUCCCCUCCAUCAGCUGGCCCUUCCUGCUCCUGCACGGCGACACCGACAAGCUCUGCGACAUCAGAGGCUCCAAGCUGAUGCACGAGAACGCCGCGAGCUCCGACAAGAAAUUCAAGGUCUUCGAGGGGGCCUACCACGCCCUUCACCACGACCUCCCGGAGGUGUCUGAGUCCACGCUGAAGGAGGUGACCGGAUGGAUCACAGAUCGCAUCCCAGCUGUGACAUCGCCGUAACCACAAGGCUCCUAGAAACAACCUGUAGGAGCUCCAGGGAAACUGCCAACCUCGUCCCAAGAGGCAUAACAACACUACUGCACUCUGGUGUGGGAAACACACUCGGGCCGAUAGACUGACAUUAUUUUUUCAGUAUAAAAAGUGUACUGACAAUAUCCUCCGGGCAAGAACUUAACAAACAAGAGUAUAUCCACCUCUCCUGUGUACCUAUCAAUCAACCCAGGUUAUAGAGAUUUUAAUUGGAUGAUGGGGUCAGAAACUACUUCCUGUUUAAGAUACUCAGCAGCUGGGAUGUUUCCCUUGUUUUUCAGUCAUGGGCAGAUUUGGAUAAAAAUGUGGUUCUCUCCAUUAGACCUCAGUGAGAUGCAGCUAAAGUGAAGUUUAAGCUACAUUAUGCUGGGGUUUAAAGUGCAAUAUUCAAGUUUUUCCCUCAAUUAUAUAAACAAGCCAGAGCUUUUUAAAAACUGAUGACCAACGUAAUGUAAGACAUUAUGAAUCGGCACAGGCACAUUUACUUUUUGCUCAUGGCUCCUCAGCAGACAGGUCUGUCUCUGUCCGUGUGUUUAAGACCAGUGGAUAUAAAGCAGAUUUUCAGUGAGACAGUUCAGCAAGCAUCUGCAAGCUCUCUUAAAACUCUCCUCUGUGAGCGCAGUGUUUUACAAAUGACCUAAAACACCACUUUUGACACUUUUAUAGUGGCUCAGAAACUGUACUUUAAGUACAUGUGUCUGUGUAUACAUAACAUAUCCUCUCUUCCCCUCACUUUUCCGCAUGUCCCUUUUUUCUUUGGCCUGGAGACAGAUGCUUAGCUCUUAAACUUUACAUAUUUCGUAAUCCAUUUAUCUGAAUCGUGAGGCCUGAGGUCUAGUUUUAAAUCCAGUAAUAAUCAUCCGGCAUGUUGUUUUACAAAUUAAGUGAAUUCUUCGAUGGAUCCUAGCAACAGAGUCUUCUUUUCCUUGUUUAAGAUAUUUUCUUAUAACAGUCUUAGGAUUACUUCCCCAACACCUUCAUUUACAUUAUAAGUUAUAAUAUAUUCAAUCUCCCUCUGCAGGUGGGAAUUACAGAAAAAGAGCAAAGUUCAAAAGGUCCCCUCUCUAUGUGACCUUUGACCUUUCCGGUCCCAGUUGGUGACAUUGUUAGGCUCAAUCUCUGAAGCUGUAACUUCAUUAAGCUCAGACCAGAUGGAAAAUGAAAGGGAACCCCCUCUCUGUUACUGAGAACAAAAGAAGAGAUCUCUUCUCAUCACAGCAUCUGGCAUCUGGAGGACACUUCAUCCAGAUCUUUUCAUGUGGAUGUGUCCGUUUCUUGCCUGGGAGGCCACAGUGGGAUCCCAACCCCUCAGAACAAUGCUGCAGUUAUCAUUUUGCUGGAAAAACAGGAUGUGGUCCAGAAUGAAUUCCAGAGGUGAAGGGACAGAAAGGGAUGUUACUGAGAUUUUAACUUCUGAACCUAAACACCACAACAAUCUAAUAUAAUUCAUUGAUCUUAAAAUACAUUUUAGCAGCUUUGGGAAAUAGAACUACUGCAUCCGCACAUGAUGGUAACUUUAUAGAUACAUUUUAGUAGUUGAAGACUAUUCUCCAUCAGGAUAUUAUUCCUGGAAGUGUGAAAGGGUUUGAAGCAGCUUUUAGUUAAUCAAAUUGGAUUCAAAAGACAUGGAAAAUGAACUUGAUUUGAUUUUAGAAUGGAAAUAAUACAAAUAAUUUAAAAGAUGGACUUUAUGGCAGCCAUGGGAAUAGCUUGGGCUUCAUCUGAUCGCAUCUACAAUAAAAGUAGCUGCAGCUGUGGUCAAACUAAUAUCUCACUUGUUAUAUAUAUCCAAUGUUUGAAUCUGUCAACUUUCAAAAUGUUCUCAGCAGUGUGGAGUACUCAGAGUCAGCAGUGGCUGACGAAACCAUAGCAAUAAUGCCACAGUAGCCUUUAUUCUUGGUAGCCGGUAAUUAUAAGCUGGACAGAAACACACUGAGCUCUUUAUUUGAUAUUUCAGGUAGGCUGUAAUUAGCAGGUAUUCCUAAGCGUCCUGAGAUUCCUCCACCUAUUCAUUUAGCAUGAGGAGGAGUCAGGAGGCAUUUUUUCCACCAUAAUCAUCAAAGAUGGGAAGGGAGCAAACAUUGUGUGGCUUUCAUAUCAGUGUCUGACUUCAGACAUUGUGCAUUUCUGUAGAAAACACAUCUCAUUCCCCUCUGGCUCUUUUCUCUAUCACACAGAGUUCAAAAGGCCUCACGCAGAGAGAGUAGGGGAAGCACAGUGUGGUAUCCACGGUGACCGUUACUCAUGUGUAACCACGGCAGCAGGUCGGCGGCAACGUAGAUUUUUUUUAAUUCCAUUUUACAUGUAUAGUAACCACGGUGAUCCCUACAAGACCUACAGAUUGAGAUGGAUUUCUGGCUUCAGGCCUGCUCCGUCUCUUUUUCCCUCUCGUUUCCCUCACCCGGUCUCCUCCUGCCUCACCCCGUGUCACCCUCUCUCUCCACCUUUUUGUGUUGCUUUGGUGACCAGCGCUCUUUGUUCUGUCCAUCACAGAGCCCCUUGUUCUGCUGUUAAUUCCAACAUCUCGUACUGUCAGCCACCCACACUGCCCCCAGUGCUCAAUUAUCAGAACAGCAACAGCUUAUGUUCUUCUUCUCAGGCUCUUUGGACAGAUAACUGUUUAACAGAGGACACAUUGUUUGAAUCUCCACCGACUCAGCUAACCCUAAGCUACUAAAUAACUUCAGGGAUGCAAACACUUGAUAUUAAUGAGUGUGUGUGCGCUAGUGUGACCCACAAAUGCCCUGCAGACAGCUCUGAGGUGUUUGGCUAUUUUUAUCCUUUUUGUCUUUGAUGUAGUGAUAAAACCAUGGAGAUGCAAUGAGACAUUAAUGAUACAAAGAAUGCUUUUCACUCUAUCCUUUUUCAGGGUGUAAACGCAUCCUCUUCCCUGCUUUUCUCAGUCCUCAGGCGAAGAUAUCAGGUUACAUUGACACAGAUUGAGAUGUAAUGUAUUCACGGGUCCCAGUGGGAGUCAGACCCUUAACCCCAGCGUCUUAUCACAAGCACUUCAAACACAAUCUGCUCCUGAUUGGGCGGCAGCCGGCACAGCACACACACAAAGGCUGCACAGUCCCAGGUAUAUUCAAACUGGUAAUAGCAUCCCUGCUGCACAAUGGAUUCAGACUCGUAGGAUGCUGGGUAACAGAACGUCAACUAAAUCAAAUCUACCUGUCAGACUACAAGAGUGCAUACUGCUAUGAGGGCAAAGACAGAUGGAGAUGGAGUGAGAGGAAAAGAGAGUGUAGCUGACUGUAACCAUGGCAGCACAGUUUUUGUUUGGAUUUUUAUCAGCCAGUGAAAGAUGUGUAUUUGUUAAUGGUGCAGGAUGAAAAGCGCUUUCAGAGCUGGUUGUUCAGUUCGCUGCUGUGAGGAUUCCCUUUGGUGCGAGCGCGGAGAUGAGAGAGCAGACAAUUAGCGUCGCAGUGAAUAAUAAGAAACUCGCUGAAUUUAAAUCAGGCUGCUCUGCUGUUACUGACAACACAACGUUUCAAUUUCUUAAUGAUUUAUUUCGAAUUUUAGGGAGUUGCUAUGUUUUUGCCCCCAUCUAUCCCUUGUUUUGAUUUGAAAGUGGUGGAUGUUGUCAUACUGAGAGAUAGCCAUGUACAGAUGCAUUGCUCUGUUAAUAUGUAAUAAUUCACUUGACUGUUAAUAUCUCUUUUAUGUUAUGAGUGAAGUUAUAUGUUAAGUAAGUAGAGAAAAUACAAAGGAAAUAAUUCAAAAUGUGUUUUGACUUUAUGACUGUUUCUAAGAAAAGAGCUUGUUAUAUAUGAUAGAGGACUAAUGGGCACAGGCCAGUCUUUCUGUAAUGUUAUGAGAUUAGAGUGCGCUGGAAUAAUUCAGUGCACUUUGCAUGAAUUAAAUCUAGUGGCAGUGCUCAAACAGACAGCAAGAAUUGAAGAGGACUCCAAAAUGCUGUGAAUGCAUGAAAAAAGGUUCUACCUUGAAUUAAUCAUGUAAUGUAAUUAAUUCACACAUCCUCCCAUUUAAAUCUAAUCUAUACGUGUAGUUUAUGAUGCCAUUUUUUAAUGGUUGACAUUGCAUUUUGGAGCAAAAACAUUCAAAUCUUGCUGCUUUUAAUAACAUAAAACAAUGUUGAUGUACAGUGGCCAGACUGCUUGAUUACUUAACCUAAUUGUAAAACAGUGUAUAAAAGCAUAGCAUUGCUAACAACACUCGAUGGAAAUACAAAAAUGAAGAAUGCGAUGUAUUUUAUAAAUCUUCUAUUUAUCUUAGAGUAUUUAUAGGUAUUCCUUUUAUGUAUAGGCUACUAUAUAUUGAUUACACAUCAUGACAAGGCACUUUUUAUACCCUAACAUUUAAAUAUAUUGUCAUAUUUUGUCACUUUUACUUUUUAUGCUACAUGAAAGUCCACAAUACUUUUUUUCGAUGGAAACUGUCAGGGUUGUAAGUGUGUACAGUCCGCAAUCGCAAAAAUGUAUGACAAUAAUUCUGAUAUGAUUAUGCAUAGAGAGUAUUUUACUACUGUGGGUUUAAGUCGGCGUUGUGCGUCUUUGUGCAGUUUGUCAGAGAACUAUAAAUGUUUAAACCAUCUGAUAUUAAAAACUGUUUUAUAACAAGAUCUUAUCAACAGGGUGUUAUUGCUACAGGUUUGGGGAAAUCUUCUACUUCUUUCCCAUUUACUUUUCAGGAACUUUCACAUCAAUCUUGAGGUAUCUCCACUUACAAAAUGACCUGGACGUGCUUUCAUUAAACAUUCUGUCAUUUUAAAUCAAAGACAAUGUGGUCAAAUAUCUUUGAGGACUAAACUGCUGGUAUCAGGUUUUGACUCAAACAGCAAAAUAAGCAUUCCACCCAAAUAAAAGAUUUGUAUGGGAAUAUGAA